AUGGCCACCACUUCCUUCUUGAAGAGGGCCCAGGCUCUGCUCCACAUCCGGAACCAGCUGGUGCGGGAAUGCCUGGCUGAGCUGCUGGCUGUCUUCGUGCUUAUUCUGAUCACCCUGAGCGGCUCGGCGCAGAUGGUCACCAGCUCCGGGAUGAAGGGGAACAUCCUCACCGCCUACCUGGCAGGCGCCCUGGCAGUCAUGGUGGCCAUCUACAUGGCAGGGGGAGUCUCUGGGGCCCACCUGAACCCCGCGUUCUCCCUCACCAUGUGCCUGCUGGAGCAGUUUCCCUGGUGGAAGCUUCCCAUCUUCGUGGCCGUGCAGACCUCGGGAGCUUUCAUAUCUGCCGGAGCCGUCUACGCCCUCUACUAUGAUGCCAUCCAGCACUAUAGCAACGGGACCCUCACCACCUCUGGCCCCUGGGAAACGGCCUCCAUCUUUGCCACCUACCCUGCUGACUAUCUCUCCCUCUCCAACGGCUUCUUGGACCAGGUGAUGGGCACAGCGCUGCUGAUCAUGGGCAUCCUGGCCAUUCUGGACACCCGGAACAAGGGUGUCCCGAAGGGCCUGGAGCCGGUGUCCGUGGCCCUGCUGGUGUUCUCCAUCGAGGUCUCCAUGGGCUCCAACUGCGGCUGCCCCAUGAACCCCGCGCGGGAUUUUGGGCCCCGGCUCUUCACCUACAUCGCAGGUUGGGGCGCAGAGGUCUUCAGCAGGGGCAAUGGGUGGUGGUGGGUGCCGGUGGUGGCACCUCUGCUGGGGGCCGCCCUGGGCUCGGCCCUUUACCAGCUCCUCGUGGCUUUCCACCACCCGCUGGAGGAGGGUGACCCCCCGGCCGAGCAGACGUCCCUGGUCCUCGUCAACGUCGCCAUCCCCCCAGACACCGACAUGUCACGUGGGGAGAAGGAUGCUGGGGGGAUGCUGCCCCAGAAGAAGUGA